CGAUUUUCCCCUUUGCAUGUCAGGUUUCCACCCAGUUCGCUGAGGUUAACCCAUUUCUAUUAACCCUAAAUACGCAUUCACGUACAUCUUGAGGCAGUUAUUAUAUUCCGGCAGCAUGGCUCCGCUCUCUAGAUUCACUGUGUCGCUCCGUACCGAUGAGACAAAGCCCAACGAGUAUUACCACCAGAUCUGUGCUCUUUCGGAAAACACCAUAAAUAAAAAUUUCGAGAGACUCUUUGCCCAACGCGGUGAUGAGAUUGCAAAACUCAAAUAUUUCACGGGUGACAUCAAAGCUGGCAAUUUGUCGGCUGUUCUUGACCCGCCUCGCGUCACCCUGCAACUACAAAAUGUUGACAAUCCUCAACUGCUAUUCCGUGUUCGCUUUAAGUCUGGUAUUUUAGUUGUUGGAAAAGGAGAAAAGAACACCAUCAAGCUCGAUGGCUGGGAAGUGACUGUUUCUGCUUUCAUGAAUAAUAUGAUUGCCAGCCCGGAACAUCAGAAUUUAACAGACAAGCAAAUUAAAGCCGCAAUUAAAGCCAAGGCGGAGCUUGAAAAAUCGUAUGACUUUUAUUCUCCUGCUACUAUAGACGAGCAGAACAAGGCUCGUGAUCCCAACGUCAAGGAAAAUAUUGUGGCUCGGAAGAUGAAGCCUGGCGAAUACUCUAUCCAUCGUCUUUUUGCGGCAAUCAGUGAGGGCUCUUGGAGCGCGCCCCUUCUGGAGGAAUCUUCAGUGCCAGGGCCCAAUGGAACCAGAAUGACUCUGGAAAAAUGGAUCAAAGAGCCUGAAAACAGUGUCCAGGCUACUAAAGUUAUGUGACGUCCUGGCCUAUACUAUCGUACUUAGGUAUAGGGUAGGUUCCCAAUCUAUAAACUCAACGUCGGGUUUAUAUUAGCAGAGAGAUAAGUUGGAGUCUUAUAAGCAAUGCAGUCACAUAGCUAACGAGGUUAUAAAUAACCAAUCUAAUUAUUAUCUAAG